AUGUUGGAAUAUAAUUUUACCAUGCCAACUGAAUUCAUUCUUGUUGGAUUCACAGAUUAUCUACCUUUUAGAGUCACCCUAUUUCUGGUAUUUUUAGUAGUAUAUGUGCUAACAGUGGUAGGAAAUAUGGGAUUAAUAAUCUUAGUUAAUGUCAAUGCAAGCCUUCAAACCCCCAUGUAUUAUUUCCUUAGUAAUUUGUCUUUCUUAGACAUCAGUUACUCGACAGCAAUUGCUCCUAAAAUGCUGGUGAACUUCUUAGCAUCUAGGAAGAGCAUCUCUCCAUACGGUUGUGCACUACAGAUGUUUUUCUUUGCUUGUCUUGCUGAUGCUGAGUGCCUCAUCCUGGCAGCGAUGGCAUAUGACCGCUACACAGCCAUCUGCAACCCAUUGCUCUAUUCCACACUUAUGUCUCGGAGAGUCUGUCUCUGUUUCAUCGUGUUGGCCUAUUUCAGUGGAAGUAUCACUUCGCUGGUGCACGUGUGUCUCACCUUCCGGCUGCCGUUUUGUGGUUCCAAUGUGGUCAACCAUUUUUUUUGUGAUAUACCCCCUCUCCUGGCUUUAUCGUGUGCAGAUACUCACAUCAAUGAGCUUCUGCUCUUUGCCCUGUGUGGCUUCCUACAGACCAGCACGUUUCUGGUCAUUUUUAUCUCUUACUUCUGCAUCCUUAUUACUGUUUUGAGCAUUAAAUCCUCAGGAGGCAGAAGCAAGACAUUUUCUACCUGUGCUUCCCAUCUCCUAGCAGUUGCUUUGUUUUAUGGGACGCUCUUAUUUAUGUACUUACGUCCCAGCACCAGCUAUUCUCUAGACACUGAUAAAGUGGUGGCCGUGUUUUAUACGGUUGUCUUUCCAAUGUUUAACCCAAUGAUCUACAGCUUUAGAAACAAAGAUGUAAAGAAUGCUCUUAAAAAAUUAUUAGACACAAGUUCGAUCUUUAAAUAA